AUGUCAGGAGCACCUGAGAACACCAAGUUUGAGGUUGUCAAGGUUGGGAGGUGUCUGCCUGCUCCGGUACGAGCCGCAUCGUCUCGGGGGCUGCGGCAGGGACCGAUCCAUGGAGGUGACCCAGUGGCGGUUCUGGGAGCAGAUGACACGGGUUUGCCAGCCCAGGAGCGGGCUGGCUCAGUGGCGGAACUGCCCGGGGUGGCUCCCAGACUGUCGGGUUCCCGAGUCCAGGAUGGCAGCGUCGGCCCCGGAACUCCUAAACUUGAUCCAGAUUCUUUGGGUAAUAAAAAGAAAUCUGGUUUUAUCAUUCCAGUAGUGCAACUGCCCGACCAGUCUCCUGACAAUUUAGUGUAUCCUGUGCUGCAGAACUUGUCCCUGAGCUGCAGCCUGGGCUCGGUGCUGGAUGAGCAUGGGGGCUGUGUCCAGCUGUGCCUGGCUGAGGUUGCCAGUGGCCUGAGGAACCUGAUGGCCCACGCCACUGACCACUGGACCCACCAUGCCUUCAUAGCCAAGCAGCUUGGCCUCGUCUGGGUCUACCUACCCAAUGGCAGCUGGCUGGAGGAGCCAUUCCUGCAUAUUCAGAGCAUGGCUACCCCAUGGCUGGGGGAUAAGAGGGGCUUCCUGGGGAUGGCUUUUCACCCCAAGCACAAGGACAAUGGGGAGUUUUAUAUCUGUUACUCAUACAUGGCUAAGAACUGAGUGGAAAAGAUCAGGAUCAGUGAAUUGGAGGUUUUGGCAUCUGAUGCCAACAAAGCUGACCCAAGCUAUGAAAGGUAAAGGGUUCUCCUGGAGCUUGAGGAACCAGCUGCAAAUCACAACACUGGGCCACUGCUCUUUGUUGUGGAUGGCUACUUGUAUGUAUUUACAGGGGAUGGAGGGAAAGCUGGAGACCCUUUUGAAAAAUUUGGGAAUGCUCAGAACAAGAGCACUUUGUUGGGGAAAGUGUUGAAGAUUGAUGUGGAUGGAAGAAGCCCUGAUGGAAAGCCUUACCACAUCCCUCCUAAUAAUCCAUUCGUGUCUGAUCCCAAAGCCUGCCUGGAGGUUUAUGGCUAUGGAGUCAGGAAUAUGGCUCUGUGGAAUCUGAUAAUUCAGUAUUCUGCAAUAUUUGCAUAUGACUGCAGUGAGGGCAAUUCAGUUACUGGAGGCUUUGUCUACAGGGGAUGUGAAUCACCCAACUUGAAUGGCCUUUAUAUUUUUGGUGAUUUCUUGAGCAGAAUACGCCUUGCCUUGCAAUCUGGAACACAGGAAAAUGAGAAGACAAAUAAAUGGAAGAAGCAGGAUAUCUGCGUUGGCUGCACAACAGCUUGUGCUUUCCCUGGAAUGAUCAGUUCCUAAAGCAAAUUCAUCAUCUCAUUUGCUGAGGAUGAAGCAGGUGAACUGUAUUUUAUGUCUACUUCUUAUCCCAGUGCCUAUACAGCACGUGGAUCACUCUACAAGCUGAUUGAUCCUGCAGGUUUAGCUCCACCAGGGAAGCGUAAAUACAAGCCUGUUCCAAUGAAAACAAAGAGCAAGCUACCAUUUCUUCCACGAGCAAAGACUGUCCUUGAGUUGCUAAAUGAACCUUCAACAACCAUACCUUCAAAAAAACCUUCUACCCUCACUGCAGCACCCCAAGAGUACGGCUCACCUGCAGCUUUCAUUGGGUCCAGUAAGGGCUGGAAAUGUUCAGCAACUCUGAAACACCAACACAAUCAGAGCACUAGAAGCCAAGCAAAUCCCCCAAAACCCCGCGUCAGAGCCGAGCUACGGGCUGGAACCAUCCUGCGACUCCAGAUACGCGGUGGAAGCUGCGCCGUAACAACCCCGGGGUUAAGAUCUAGGGAAGUGAUUGAUUUGGGAAGCGGAGCCGGGACCGCCCUUGCGCUCCUGUCCCCGGAGGCAGCUGAGCCCACGUCGUGUUUGGAACUCCGACGCUUCGCUCGUCUCCCACCACCGCCCUCUGCAGGCGCCGUGCCGGGAUGCAAAAGGCGACCCCCGCCGCCCGCUCUUCCCGGAUCCCCACCCAGCUCGGUCAGGGAAGAAAUAAUAAUUAAAAAACAAUUCAAAUACGAAAACCUAAGGAGGCCCCAGCGAGGAUCGAACUCGCGACCCCUGGUUUACAAGACCAGUGCUCUAACCACUGAGCUAUAG